AUCUGUCCUUGUGUACGGGGUGUUGUGUAAAAAAAAAAAACACCUGCAGGUGAAAUGCAGUUCCCAGGAAACACUGUGCAAUUUAAUGGAAAUGAGAUGCAGGUGAAUUGGAUACCAGGUACUGAUUAUGCCGGGUGACAAAGUAACCAUUUUUCUUAGUACUCCGUCUUAAUCUAUGUUGUUGUCCUAGACAGCAGCACGCAGUAUUUAGCCAUCAGCUGUUGUAAAUACUGAUCAAAUGUCAACUGUAAAAGGUGAUACUGCUACUUAGGACUAAAUCCCUAUGUUUUUUUAUUCAGCUCUGUCUGAGCAGAACGUUGGAUGGAACGAGUCUGCUGUGCUUCUGAGAUCGACGGCUUUUAAUGAUGUCACCCUUGUAAAUGGCAGAGCUGCCAAAGGGGGUGACUGAUGAGUUUCAGGAGAAUGUGUGUGUUCGUGGGUUUUUUCCCCUUUUGUAGUGCUUUAUUCUGUGAAGGCUGGCAUAGCCAGGUACAUUACAGCUCAGUCUCCUAGUCUUGGACCCAAACUUAAUUGUAAAAAGUUUCAGACUUUUCUAUCUCCGUUUGCUACAAAAUGCAUUACUAAGCUAAGGGAGUUUGUAAUUAACACAAUUGCUUACCCACAUCAUAAUUUGGCUGAGUGAUGCAUUGUUUCCUUUUUGAAGCUUCAAUUGAAUAUGCAUUAUAAAAACUGCAAAAGUCGUUGCAAAGAGGAAAUUGGCACUUUAGCAAAAGUUGAACUGCUUCCCAACCACCAUUGUUAAGUAUUGAAUGGAAUAUUAAAUAAGUACCAUGUGGUCUUCGCUUCAGAAUUAAAAUUGUGUGAUUAAAACAAGGGGAAGUCUGGUGUGAAAAUUAAGUUUUUGUGUUCAACAUUAUACAGUGAAUCCAUGUGCUUUUUUUCUGUAAAUAAAAAUGUGACAUGCACAUACAACUUUGUUUUUGUUUGUGUCUUAGUUAGGAUUUUGACUUGAGUAAUGUAAAGACCCAAAGUCCAGUCACUACUCUUGAGAGAUGCAUUUUCCUUCAAGUGGGCAAAAACGAUGAUUUUAUUGGAAACAAAUAUGUAUGCGUGGAAGCAAAUACACGUUUAUUGUAUUUUGUUUGUACUUACAUGUGCAGUUUCAUUUUUUGAGUAGCUUCACUGGAAUUGUCUUUGUAACAGAAUUCAUACGAUUUAACUUAAGUAUUGCACAGUAGUUUGAUUUUCACAUCACAGGCUGGAUAGCAACACAUUUUCAGAAAUGGAUUAUGCAUUCAUGGUAUAUAUAUUUUUUUUUUAAAGGAGGUUUCUUGAGAUGGAGUUAUGAAAGCUACAGAUGUGAAACUGAACCUUGUGUGUAAUUUUAACAGAAGUGGCUGUUGCAUUAUUCCAGGCUUCCACUAGAGUGUGCAAGAUUGUCGGGAACUGAAGUUCUUUCAGUUCAUUGACGAAGUUCAUACAAUAGCUGCCAGGACUGAGUGAGAAGCAGGUAGUAUUGUAUUUCGAGACAUAUGAAGAAAGAUUGGGACACAUUCAAUAAUCGAGCCACUGUCCAUAUUGUUGUGCUUUGAUGCUGUGCUUUUAUUUUUCUGAUGUCAGUGCAAAGAUGCAUUUUCAGUAAUGUUAAAACUUUUCUUAUCUUUAUGAAAAGUUGGACAAAACUGUGACUGCAUGACAUCAAUGUUGGCUGAAGUUCGGAGAGCAGCUCAUUGAUUAUGCAACUCAAUGGAUAAUAACUUGGCACUCUUAUUAAAUGUCAUAAUUGUUUUCAUAUGAUCAAGUACAUUGUAACAUUUUCGUGUAUCUUUUUUUCUUAUCCGUGUUCUGCAGCAUUAAAAUUAGGUAGCUAGAAACGUAAGAAAUAUCACUGUAGUUAUCACUUUUUUUCGAGGUCUCAAAAAGUUAGUGCAAUUUAACGCGUAUCAUCACUUUUUAACCAAUCAGCCUUUCGCUACGGUAGCCCAUCAGGACAUACUGUCCGCUUAAGCCGCGUUGCUCCGAGGGGUUCGAACAGACUGACAAUGGCGAGAUAGACGGUGGGAUGGAGGAGCUUCGCUUACAGCAAGGAAGGCACGGCGGACUUAGAUAAUGAUCUAUUAACAGGAAACCUCAGAAAUCUUAAUGAUAAGAGGAGUAACAUGAAACGGACGGUGUAACUACAAGCUGUAGGAGUGACGGGCCGUGUUGCUACGUAUGCAGCAGCAGCAAGGGGGAAGAAGCGCUAAGAGGAGAUCUCUAUCAUGAGAGAGAGAGAUCGGAGCAUUGUGGAGGUGCUGCAAUUUUGCAAUUAAAGGUGGCCGUAACAGACGCUGUGUGCAGCACGAAUAGCGGUGGGACCGAGUUGGCGACGGUUUAGGGAAUGGCAGGUCGAAGCCGCCGAAUAUGGUUCAGCGUUCUUCUGGGGCUGGUCGUCGGGUUCACGCUGGCUUCCAGACUGAUUUUGCCGAGGGCCACGGAGUUGAAGAAAGCUGGUCAGAAGCGCAGGGCAAGCUCCGGCGGCUGCGGGUUUCGCGGGGGUCUGAGGAGAGACUACAACGGCAUGCUGGUGUGGCAACCCCAAGAUAAAGGAUCCCAGGCGACGGUGAAGCCGGUGCCGAGAUCCAGCGACUUUCUGUUCGUCGGCGUGAUGACCGCGCAGAAGUAUUUGGACAACCGAGCAGUAGCGGCUUACAGGACCUGGGCUCAGACCAUACCUGGCAAGGUGGAAUUCUUCUCCAGCGAGGGCUCGGACACCUCCAUCCCCAUCCCCAUCGUGCCGCUGCGGAACGUGGAUGACUCGUACCCGCCCCAGAAGAAGUCCUUCAUGAUGCUCAAGUACAUGCACGACCACUACCUCAACCAGUACGAGUGGUUCAUGCGGGCCGACGACGACGUCUACAUCAAGAGCGACCGGCUGGAGAGCUUCCUGCGCAGCCUCAACAGCAGCGAGGCCAUCUUCCUGGGGCAGACCGGCAUGGGCGCCCGAGACGAGCUGGGCAAGCUGGCCCUGGAGCCCGGCGAGAACUUCUGCAUGGGCGGCCCCGGGGUGAUCAUGAGCCGCGAGGUGCUGCGCCGCAUGGUGCCCCACAUCCGGGAGUGCCUGCGGGAGAUGUACACCACCCACGAGGACGUGGAGGUGGGCCGCUGUGUGCGCCGCUUCGCCGGCGUGCAGUGCGUCUGGUCCUACGAGAUGCAGCAGCUGUUCUAUGAAAACUAUGAACCCAACAAGAAAGGGUACAUCCGAGAUCUUCACAACAGCAAGAUCCACCGGGCCAUCACCCUGCAUCCCAACAAGAACCCCCCGUACCAGUACCGCCUGCACAGCUACAUGCUGAGCCGCAAGAUCGCGGAGCUGCGCCACCGCACUAUCCAGCUGCACCGCGAGAUCGUCCAGAUGAGCCGCUACAGCAGCACCGAGGUCCGCAAGGAGGACACGCAGCUGGGCAUCCCCCCCUCCUUCAUGAGGUUUCACCCUCGCCAGCACGAGGACGUGCUGGAGUGGGAGUUCCUCACCGGCAAGUACAUCUUCUCCGCAGCCGACGGCCAGCCCCCCAGGAGGGGCAUGGACUCCUCCCAGAAGAUGGCCCUGGACGACAUCGUCAUGCAGGUGAUGGAAAUGAUCAACGCCAACGCCAAGACCAGGGGCCGCGUCAUUGACUUCAAGGAGAUCCAGUACGGCUACCGGAGGGUGAAUCCCAUGUACGGCGCGGAGUACGUCCUCGAUUUGCUUUUGCUCUACAAGAAGCACAAGGGGAAGGCCAUGACUGUUCCCGUCAGGAGACACGCCUACUUGCAGCAGACCUUCAGCAAGAUCCAGUUUCUGGAAGAGGAGGAGAUAGACGCCAAGGACCUGGCCAGCAGGAUCAACCAGGACUCGGGUUCCCUGUCCUUCCUCUCUAACUCCCUCAAGAUGUUUGUUCCUUUCAAACUCAGCGGGUCCAACCCAGAGCUCAAGGAGCCCAAGGAAAAGAAAAUCAACAUUUUGGUCCCGCUUUCAGGACGCUAUGAGAUCUUUGUCAGGUUCAUGGCAAACUUUGAAAAAAUCUGCCUCAUCCCCAAUCAGAACGUCAGGCUGCUGAUCUUGCUGUUCAGCACGGACAACAAUACAGAAAGAGUGAAACAGAUUGAACUGAUGAGAGAGUAUCAUAUCAAGUACCCAAAGGCCGAAAUGGAGAUCAAGGCAGUGUCGGGCACUUUUUCCCGUGCUCUGGCCCUGGAAGUAGGCUCGUCCCUUUUCUCCAACGAUUCUUUGCUUUUCUACUGUGACGUUGACUUAUUGUUUACAGCUGACUUCUUGAAGAGGUGUCGGGCCAACACGAUAUUAGGAAAACAAACGUACUUUCCAAUCAUCUUCAGUCAGUAUGAUCCAAAGAUCGUAUACGCGGGCAAGGUUCCAAGUGACAACCAUUACGUGUUCACUUCCAAAACUGGACUGUGGAGAUACUAUGGAUUUGGAAUUGUUUGUGUGUACAAAGGGGACCUGGUUCAAGCGGGAGGUUUUGACACCUCAAUCCAAGGAUGGGGUCUGGAAGAUGUGGACCUGUUUAACAAAUUUGUCCAGUCUGGGAUCAAACAGUUUAGAAGCACAGACACUGGCAUUGUGCAUGUUCACCACCCUGUCAUAUGUGAUCCUAAUCUUGAUGCAAAACAGUACAAAAUGUGCUUAGGGUCCAAAGCGUCAUCACAUGGGUCUACACAGCAGCUGGCUGAACUGUGGCUGGAAAAGAACAACCCAGGGUUCCGAGGAGUUGGCAGUAGCAAUAAUGGAUCAAUGAGGACCGUAUGAACCAGUCCGACCAGGUUUUUUAAUGUCGAGGUUUUUAUUGUUAUUCUUAACUAAUUUAUUUUUUCCAAAAAAAAAUGUUUUAUAAAAGGCUGUGCGCGGAUAUAUUUUAGAAGUAUUUUUUCUAAUACAUACAUAAAACCUUCCAGGAUGACAAAUUUGUGUUUUUUACAAAAAUUAAUGAAACACACCUUUUGCAUUUUUUUUUGCGGAUGAGCCUAAAACAAAGUUGAGCAGUGGAACAACAAAUAGUGAAUUGUUUAAGAAAUUUGCUUUGUAGCAGAUUGAGAAAUCUUGACGGUUCCGUGUUUGAAAGGAUGUAAAAAGUAAGAAAGCAUCCUGGCAACUUUGUGUUACUGAUGAGUUGUACUGCAGUUUUGCACUGCAUUAAGAGACUGGAUAAACGUCAAAUGUGCCCUGAUGGUUUUGUAAUGUAGGACCUAAGACUGGGUUCUAUAUUGAAAUAAUGCUGAAUCAUAUUUCAGAAGACAAGAGACAAGCCCCAAUGCUGUGAUUGCAGAAAUCUGUUUUUGGCUUUAAGCUGCUUAGUUUGAGGGAUGACCACCUGGCCAUAUGGACAAAGAUGUCAGAACCUCCCCACUCCCUCAGUAAACCAAGGGGUUUGGAGGGCAGAUGGGGGAAGUUAGUGUGAUGAACACCAGGAAACAGUGGUCUAGAAACCUGUAUUUAUACCCCAGAGCCAGUAAUCAGUAGAAGUUGGGGCCUGUCCUCCUCCUGAACUCUGAUUAUCUCCAUAAAAAUGUUACAAAAAUAUGAGAUUUACAUGCUGUUUAUAUAUGUGGCAAGUCUUGGAUUCUGAGAAGUGGUGUGAGGGUAAAUGUUUUUUUCUUUUUUUAAUGUUUACAGGAGGUUGCAUGAAGUUAAAAGUUUCACUUCAAUUGGGAAUUAUGGAAAGAAGAAUAAUGGUUAUUAAGGACCAUAGUUUUAUUAUUGAUUCUUUUCUUUAUUGGUUUUCACUUUUGACAAUGCACAGUAACACUGAAUUUUUUUUGUUAUAGUUUCACCUUUUUAUUUCUUCAAAAAAUGAAAACUGUGGUUUGUUUCCUCAGUUAAGGCUGUCUAAUUUAUUGAAUAUUCAUUCAUAGUUUUUCUCUUUAUCUGAUCAUCUGUUUAUGUAUUGUUACUUUUGUUAUAUUUGAAGGAUUGUAUAGCCUUCUUUUCACUGUUGUGGGUAGUGUUACUUCUUUUACAAAGUAAAUUGAUUUCCAAAGAGAGUUUUCGCAGCAGUUAUGCGGUAUUGUUUGUACAUGUCGUUCUUCUGCUGAAGAUGCCUACUGUAAACAGAGAUCAGAAGAACAGUAGGACUGUAACAAUCCUUGGGGAGAAACAUUCACUGGUAGGUUUUUCUAAUAAUCCAUGUUUUGAGAACAUUGUAACUUGCCAGUUAAGGUGUAGUAGAAUGUUCUCCUACCUCUGAUUAAGAAUCAUUCUGGACCUUUACCAAAACUCCUCUAAAGUUUUUGUGAAGUACUUCUGCUAGGUAGUCAAAGGGUGUGCUCUCCCACAAUACUCUUUUCUUUGUUUUGGGGGGCUUUGUUAUUUCUGUUCUCUUCAAACCCUGUUC